CCGGAUUUUCAGACGAUAGGAGACGUGUAGAAGACCGGAGUAAAAAGAUUACAAUCAUUUAAGUAUUUGACUUUAUUAAGUCAUGUCUUUCGUUUUUAACUUAAAAGAUAAAACAGUUGAGUAUAAACAGAAACGCUAGGUUGACGACUCCACCUGGCUCCACACGCAGGUGUAACGUUGCGGCGUAGCAUCACCGAGGACAUCACGCCUUGUAAACAAAACAUGGCGUCUCCCGCGCUUGACGAAGUCGUUGAGGUUCGCUUCGUUGGAAACGACGAUGUCUUCGAGCACGUCUACAACCUGUCGGAGGCCAGGAGCCCCAAAAAAGGAGCGGGAAAACGGCUAGCGUCCAAAACGAGGUCUUCGGUUCAGGAAGAGGACACUUUGAUUGAUGUGCUGACGGAAGAGGCGCCCGUACCAACAGGUCUUCAUGCCAAUGGUGACAGCGUAACAGGGAGGCAAAUGUUUAAUUUGAAGUGCACGCCGACCGCAAAGCACGCUGUCAAGGUGGCACCAAAGACUCCGACUUCAGCCCGACGGAAAAGUUCGGUGACAUCCUCUCAGCUCCCGGUGCAGAAAGAGACGCCGUACAGACUCCGCAGGAAAAUCAAGCAGAAUCUGUCAAAGAUGAAAGAAGAGGAGCGUGGCAGCAGUUCCGCCGAGUCGGAUAGUGACAAGUCCUCGUCUGAUGACGAUGAUGAGAAAAGGAACAGUGCUGACAUGGAUCCCUACGACGAAAGUGGCAAGGGCUAUUUCUCGCUUUCUGGGAAGGGCAACACGUCCAAUCACACGCUGUCCAAGCUUGGCAGGCCCGUCAUGGCCCCUGACGAGAUAAACCGCAUCCUAGAAGUGGCCUGUGACCCCCACGCCACGCACCGCAAAGCGCUUCUCCGGCAGCACAGGACUCGCUUCUCGCUGUGGUGGGCGCUGCUGAGGGAAGGCUUCAACCUGCUCCUCCACGGACCUGGCUCCAAGAUCAAGCUUCUGCAGAGCUUCAAGGAUGACAUGCUUUCGGAGUCGUUCUGUGUCACGGUCAAUGGGUUCAACCCGGGCCUCACUUUGCAAGAGAUUCUCACCACCAUUAUUCGCCAAGUUAUAGGACAAGACUCGUCGCCAGCGCCCGGCCUGGCGGGACAAGUAGACCACAUCGUCGAACACUUCUCCGAAGAAGAUGCUGACGAACUCUACCUGCUGAUCAAUAACAUAGACGGCCCAAACCUGAGGCAGUCCAAGGCCCAGGCGGUGCUUUCCAGGCUGUCGGCGGUUGCGCACAUCCACAUCGUUGCCUCCGUGGACCAUGUGAAUGCUUCGCUCUUGUGGGACCAGGAGACUUCCAGAGCUUACCGGUUUGUCUGGAUCAACGCCACAACGUUUGAGCCGUAUGUGCUGGAGUCUAGCCUGGAGCCCCUCAAGAGCUGCGCCGCCAGCACCCUCGGCUCUCUGCAGCACGUCUUCUGCAGCCUGACGCCCAACGCCCGCAAGAUUUUCCUGCUCAUUGCGCGGCAUCAGCUCGACUCUGCCAGCUCUCCGGGGUACUCGGGACUGUCCUUUCAGGACUGCUACCACCGGUGCCGGGAGGAAUUUCUUGUCAACAGCGACCUGACGUUACGUGCCCAGCUUAGGGAGUUUCUCGACCACCUGCUGCUCAAGAUCAAAAAGGGCCAUGACGGCACAGAGAACUUGUUGAUCCCUCUUCAAAAUGAAACACUGAGGCUGUUUGUUGAACAAAAAGAAGACGACGACAGGUGACGGGAACUUGCAGACUCGUCCAAGUUGCUCACCUUGGGUUGGGUCCGAGCUCCAACAAUGUAAGCGGCUUCAAACCUCCUUCGUAUGUAUAGUAAUAUUUGUACAGUUUUCCAUUCGUGGAGCCUCUAUCUAAUCUUGUAAAAUGAAAUAAAAAUCAUUUUUGGUA